ACAGAUGGGGUCACGUGGAUUCGCCUUCAGCGGGAGGAAGCAAGGCAGAGAGCAGACGGCUUCUGAUUCUGGGGCUAGUCAGGAAAACAAGGAGGACUCCACCAUGGACCUCAGGUUGGAGAGCCAGGCCUCCCAAGCCCAACCUGCAGCCCCCUCCCCACUGACUUCCUACCGCUGGCUCACAGGGUCUGGCAGGGAGAAGGGGGCCAGGGGAUUCCACUGGAGACGCUUUUCAAGCUGGGGGAGGGCUCUAAGCCACCAAGAGCCCAUAAUCAGCAGCCAGCAGGCUCCUCGCUCGCUGUUCCGCCGCGUCCUGUCUGAGCCCCACAAAGAGUGCCGAACAAGCCGCCUCCGACUCUCCAAGUCCCUCUGGGGAAGGCAUAAGAGCCCACCACUGGAGACAGAGCCAGAGCCACAGGCUUCAGAGCCAGAGCCACGGUCCCCUGCCCCACAGAUCCCUGAGGCGCCUAGCCCUGAUGUGCCUGUCUGGAACAUUGGGGCCUUCACCCUGCUUGAUGGGAAGUUGGUGUUACUUGGGGGUGAGGAGGAGGGUCCUCACCGGUCCAGGAUGGGAAGCGCUAGCUCUGAGGGCAGCAUACAAGUGGCCAUGGGGAAUCUCAGGGAUCCAGACAGGAUCUCCGGAAAGAAUGAACCAGAGACUGCUGGCCCCUACCAAGUCCACAACAUUCGGGGGUUGCUCAAGCGACUGAAAGAGAAGAAAAAGGCCAAGCUGGAGCCAGGAUCCAAUGCCCACAGGGAUGGAUCCCCCAGUAUUCUGGGCUCUCGCGAAUCGCUGACCACACUCUCUGAGCUGGACCUGGGAGCUGAGCGGGAUGUUCGGAUCUGGCCACUGCAUCCCAGCCUCCUAGAGGAGCCCCACUGCUUCCAGGUAACAUGGGACGGUGGGAGCCGCUGCUUCUCUUGUCGUUCUGCUGCUGAGAAAGACCGCUGGAUCGAGGACCUUCGUCGACACUUUCAUUCCAGCCAGGACAACGCGGAGCGGGAAGAGACCUGGCUGAGCGUGUGGGUGCAUGAGGUGAAGGGGCUGCCCCGGGCAGCUGCGGGGGCGCCCGGCGUGCGCGCGGAACUGUGGCUGGACGGCGCUCUCCUGGCGCGCACCGCGCCGCGGACUGGCCGGGGCCAGCUCUUCUGGGCCGAGCGCUUCCACUUUGAGGCGCUGCCACCCGCACGUCACCUGUCGCUGCGGCUGCACGGAGCGGGCCCGGGGGGAGCAUUGCUGGGCCGCGUGGCACUGGAGCUAGAAGAACUGGGCGUCCCCCGCGCACCAGCAGCGGGCCUCGAACGAUGGUUCCCGCUGCUCGGGGCACCAGCUGGCGCAGCGCUGCGGGCGCGCAUCCGAGCGCGGCGCCUGCGCGUACUGCCCUCCGAGCGCUACAAGGAGCUGGCGGAGUUCAUAACCUUCCACUACGCUCGCCUCUGCGGGGCGCUAGAGCCCUCCUUGUCGGCGCAGGCAAAGGAGGAACUGGCGGCUGCUAUGGUGCGCGUGCUGCAGGCCACUGGUCGGGCGCAGGCACUGGUGACAGACCUGGGCACUGCGGAACUUGCACGCUGUGGAGGCCGUGAGGCGCUGCUGUUCCGGGAAAACACAUUGGCCACCAAAGCCAUAGAUGAGUAUAUGAAGUUGGUCGCACAAGACUACCUCCAAGAGACCCUAGGGCAGGUUGUGCGGCGUCUCUGUGCCUCCACUGAGGACUGUGAGGUAGAUCCCAGCAAAUGUCCAGCCCCAGAGCUGCCCCAUCACCAGGCCAGACUGCGAAACAGCUGUGAGGAGGUCUUCGAGAACAUCAUCCACUCCAAUGACUGGUUCCCGGCAGAGCUGGGCACUGUGUUCUCAAGCUGGAGAGAAGCAUGCAAAGCACACGGCUCUGAGGCAUUGGGCCCCCGUCUGGUGUGUGCCUCCCUCUUCCUGCGACUCCUGUGUCCUGCCAUACUGGCGCCUAGCCUCUUUGGACUGGCACCAGAGCACCCAGCACCCAGCCCAGCCCGCACCCUCACACUGAUCGCCAAGGUCAUCCAGAACCUUGCCAACCGUGCCCCGUUUGGUGAGAAGGAGGCAUACAUGGGCUUCAUGAAUGCCUUUCUGGAGGACCAUGGACCUGCCAUGCAACGCUUCCUGGACCAAGUAGCCAUGGUGGAUGUAGAUGCAGCACCCAGUGGUUACCAGGGCAGCACUGACCUGGCCCUCCAGCUGGCGGUCCUGCAUGCCCAGCUCUGUACCAUCUUUGCUGAGCUUGACCAGGCCACCCGGGAUAGCCUGGAACCACUGCCAACCAUCCUACAAGCCAUUGAGGAGGGACAGCCUGUGCCCGUGUCUGUGCCAAUGUGCCUUCCACCACCCCCAGCCCAAGUCCACUCCAGCUUCUCUGCUAGGGAGAAGCCUCACUUCCUGCUCCCCCGGGACCUGUCCAAGCACACUCCCCUCAUCUCCAAGAGUCAGUCCCUGCGCAGCGUUCAGGACACUGGGAGUUGGACCAGGCACCGGCCAGAAGAGGAGCCCGGGAAACUGCCCAGGCGGGUGCAGCGCACACAGAGCGUCCCGGCUGGCCACCCCUCUCGCCGCUGCCCGCCUGUAGGACCCUGUCCGCAACCCAAAAGCUCCCUACACACAGGUCCCGCGGCCCAUGGCAGACCAUGGACCAGGGCUACGUCUUCACUGCCUCGGAAGCCCUCCGUGCCCUGGCAGCGCCAGCUGGACCAACCACGAGACACAGACCGGACGUUGGGCUCGCACAGACCGGUUGGCAAGCUGGCAGAGUUGCAGUGCCAGGUGGUCGCCCUGCGUGAGGAACAGAAGACGCUGUCCGGCAUUUUGGAGUCGCUUAGCACCCACAUCCAGACCUUGAUGGAACAGCAGGAGCAUCUUCGAAGCCACCUGCAGGACUUGGACUCCAGGCUCCGUGAAGGGACCUCGCAGUUGUAUGCAGAAUGCGACCCUCCAAGCAAUGACGGCCACAGGCUGAAUACUCUGGAGAGCCGCCUGGUUGAGAUGGAGAAUGCUCAGACCCAGCUGAAGGAUAUUGUCCAGAGCCUGCAGUCUCAUCUAAGGACCCCGGAGUCAUCCUGGACCCAGCCCCUACCCCUCAAAUCACCCUGCCUCAACGGAGACACCACAUGAGCUGCCCACUCCUCCCCCACGUGGUCUGGGUGCAAUGAAAUAGCCUUUGUGGGGGGGGGGCACAUUUGACUCUGUCCUCAGUCCUCAAGUGGCCUCAAUGGAGAGUAGAGUUCUUGGUGCCAGAUAGUUUGGCAGUUUGAGGCUGCCCAGUAAAAUCUUGG